AAAAAAUCAUAAACUGACAACAUGGUUGUGUGGACCGAUCAGGAGCGUGCCUACAUCCAGGACAUUUUCAGCAAGCUGAAUUAUGAGGACGCUGGCCCCAAAGCUCUGCAGAGGACCUUGAUUGUGUAUCCCUGGACUCAGCGGUACUUCGCAAGCUUUGGAAACCUGUACAAUGCAGAGGCCAUCAUGUCCAAUCAAAAGGUGGCAGCUCACGGAGUUGUCGUGCUCCACGGUCUUGACAGAGCCAUGAAGAACAUGGAUGACAUCAAGAACACCUAUACCGAACUGAGCGUGCUGCACUCCGAUAAACUGCACGUGGAUCCUGACAACUUCAGGCUGCUGGCCGACUGCCUGACCAUCGUGAUUGCAUCCACUAUGGGUACCUCUUUCACACCUGAUGUGCAGGCUGCCUGGCAGAAGUUCCUCGCUGUUGUCGUCUCUGCUCUGUGCAGACAGUAUCAUUAAAACCUU